AUGAUCAAGCCAGGGAUGGACGCGGCAGAUGUUCACCGCAAGCUUCGCGAGCGCUUCGCGCGCGAAGCCGCCGCCGUCGCCAAACUCAAUGACCCGUACACGGUCACGCUGUUCGAUUCGGGCGCGGAUCUUGGCGGUGAUCUGUACAUGGCGUUCGAGUUUAUCCCCGGAUUGACCCUGCGCGAGUACAUCGCCAGGCACGGCGCGCUCGCGCCCGAACGCGUCGUCAAGAUCCUCCAGCAGGCGCUCUCAUCGCUCCGCGAGGCGCACGUUCACGGGUUGAUGCACCGUGAUAUCAAACCUGAAAACCUGAUGAUUUUCGACCACCUCGGGCAGAAGGACCAGAUCCGCGUGGUGGACUUUGGCAUCGCCAAGGCGUUCGAGGAUCAGGCGAACGCGCUCACCGCCGCUGGCCAGAUCGUGGGCACGCCUCGCUAUGUCUCGCCAGAGCGCGUCUAUCAAAAGGAUUUGAUGCCCGCGAGCGACCUCUACAGCCUCGGCGCGGUCGCUUAUUACCUGCUCGUCGGCGAGGAAGUUUACGCACAGACCAAGAGCCCGAUCGAGCUGAUCAAGCUCCACGCUUCGCCAGAUCCGAUCCUGUUGCCAGAGAGCAGCGGCGUCCCCAAGGGAUUGCGUGUGAUCAUCGAGAAGAUGCUCGCCAAGGAGCUCGGCGACCGUUAUGGCGCCGCGCAGCAGAUCAUCGACGACCUCGAGGAGUACGUCCUCGAAGAGAAGGUCGCCAGGCGCGCCGAGCAGAUGAUCUCGAGCGGGAUGAUCGCGCCCACGACGCCUGCGGUCUCCAUGGCCAAUGGUCGCCUCUCGCUCGAAGACGAGGACUCGUCCGCGAAGACCGAGGCGAUGGAGGCGAUCGUCGGACCGCAACUCGAUUCUCGCGUCAUAGGGCAGGACGAGUCGGUCGUGAUCGGUGAUGCUCCGCAGGAAGAUCCGACCGAAAUGGUCGAUAUCUCACCGGAUUUCCGCGACGCAUUGCGCCGCGGUGAGGACGUCGGUCAGGCCCUCCAGAGCCAGGCAUCUGGCGCGAUGCCUCGUCGCUCGUUGGCCGAACAAUCAUCCCCUCAACAAGCGCAGCCUCAGAAACCGAUCGAUAACUUCGUGCCGUUGCAGCCCAAUACGUUCUCGAUGGCUGCCGUGCGGCGAGAUGCUCCUCCUGCUGCUUCCGGCGGAACUGGCGGAGUUGGCGGAGCGGAACAUGCGGGCGGUUUGGCGCAGCGCACAUCGGAUAUCUCGUCGGCCAAGACCGAGGCCACGCCCGCUGUUCAGGUCCCACAAGCCAAACAAGAGAAGGCGUCUCCGUCAGACGGCAAAAAGAAGGAGAAGCCCCCGCUCGGGAAGUACCUCCUGAUCGCUGGCGUCGUGGGAUUCGUCCUGCUCUUGCUGAUGGAUACGGCGCCUCCUCCAGAACAACCUGCUGGCGAUGUGAAGGUUCUCGAGAACUAUUCGCCGUUCGAGCUCACCACAGCCGGAAUCGGGACCGUCGGCGCGCUGAUUUUGAUCGGGAAGGGCUCGGACAUCUUUGGCCACCCCGAGCCGAGCAUGGGGCCUCCAUCUCCAGAGAGUUUCGACUGGCGUGUUACUCAUUGGGUGAACCCCGAUCCCGAUCCCGAGAAGAAGUGGCUCAACGGUAUCCCGGACCUCGCUGGCUACGUGUUGCCUGCCGGAACGCUCGCGUUCUACGCCACGGGCAGCAUCGGGAGCGCGGUCAAUCCGAACUUCCCGCUCGGUUCACAAACGCACGAGCUGAUCGCGUUCACCGAGUCGUUCGCCUGGACCAUGGUCGCCGUCAACGGGAUGAAGUUGAUGGUUGGCCGGACGCGUCCUUUCGCGGUCAGACCGGAUGUCGACGCCGAAGCCUUUGGCGAGGAGGAGAAGGAGCAGUUUAUCUCCUUCCCGAGCGGCCACUCGGCUUCUGCGGCGGCCACCGCGUUCUUUCUCUUUCAUGACAUCUCGGACUACCUCGUCCACGAGGUCCUGGCCGAUAGUCGCCCCAUCGUGCGUUAUGGAUAUGGUUACGCACUCCCGCUUGCUGGCGCCAUCGGUGUCACGGGGACCGUGAUGUUUAGCCGUGUUCGUGACCAGAAGCACUGGCUCAGUGAUACGCUCGCGGGCGCGUUUAUCGGCGGCAGCCUGGCGACGAUUUUCUACACGAUGCAUUUUGACGAGAAAGGCAAUCCGCGCAGACGCCGCACGAUGCGAAGCGAUGCAGGCGUCGAGGAAGAGGAAGCCUCCAACAUGACCUUCCAUUUGACCCCGGUCAUGGCCCCGCGGGCGCCGAUGGGGCUCUCCUUCGGGAUGACUUUUUGA